GUUCCAUCCAUGUCCACCCCAAUGGCAUAUACCAUGGUUUUUCCAUGGUUCUCCUCACAUCAACCCACCGUCACCGUUGGCCAUUCCAUCACUUAAACCAGCACCAACAAUGGCUUGCUCCACCACCACAACGCCACCGUUAUCCUUCCACCUCCGAACCCCUCUCAAACCCACCACCACCAACAACCUCCAUUUCCCCAAAACCCUGUUCUCUUCCACCAAACUCAAACGCUCAAAGCUCACCAUAAACUCCAUCGACAUCUCAAACGAAGACACGCCAGCACCCAUCAGUUCAGAACAGCCCGAUUCAGAGUCUCUAGAUCAGAACCUGGACAAGCGUCGAUUGGAAGAGAAGUUUGCGGUGCUCAACACCGGAAUCUACGAGUGCCGUUCGUGCGGGUACAAGUACGAUGAGUCUGUCGGUGACCCUUCGUAUCCCAUUCCACCUGGUUUCCCGUUCGAGAAGCUUCCAGAUGAUUGGCGCUGCCCCACUUGCGGCGCGGCGCUGAGCUUCUUCGAGAGCAAGAGUGUUGAGAUUGCUGGGUUUGCAGAGAAUCAGCAAUAUGGGCUUGGUGGAAACUCACUCACUUCUGGUCAGAAGACUUUGCUUAUAUAUGGAACUCUCUUGGCUUUCUUUGCGCUUUUUCUCAGUGGCUACUUCCUACAAUAGUUGUUCAUUAUCUUCAUCUUAUUCUUGAUGAUUACUAUUUAAGUGUGGAGAUUAGAGGGCUUAACUUAAGCUUAUGUUGGAUUAUAUAUUUGUAUCUGAAAGUUGUGUUUUAUAUUUGAAACGGCAAUACAAGUCAGUGAUUGAUUCA